AUGGAGAAGUCCAGGAAAACAUUUAUUGGUUUGGUAGAUAAGGCAAUAGCAGCUGCCAGCACAAUGCGUCGUGAUGAACUGCUUUUUUCUCACAAGGGAAUUCUCUACCCUACCACUGUUUGCAGUCCUGAAACAUUCAAAGCCUUGGAAUCCUUUGAAGCCAGAAAUGAUGAUGUAAUUUUGGCAGCAUACCCUAAAUCCGGCACAAACUGGCUAAGCCAAAUCUUAACUGACCUGAUAGCCAUAUCUCAAAAGAAAACACCAGGUAGUGAAAGCAGUGUGAAUGCUGAAGAACCAGAAUUCCCCUACCUCGAAGUUGGAGAUGCUGAAAAAUAUGAGCGAAUGACCAAAUUACUUUCUCCAAGAUUUAUGGUUACUCAUCUCCGUCCUGAAAAUCUUCCAAAAUCUAUCUUCAAAAACAAUGCCAAGAUAUUGUUACUGAUUCGCAAUCCAAAAGAUGUUGCUACAUCUUUCUACCAUUUUUGCAAUGGCCUGCCUAGUCUCCCCUCCUAUGAGACCUGGGAUGAUUUCUUCACAGAUUUCAUGGCAAAGAAAAUGGCCUGGGGAUGCUAUUUUGAAUACCUUUCUGAAUGGAACAAAUAUUCUGACAAAGAAAAUAUCAUGACAAUAACUUAUGAAGAGAUAAAAGAGAAUCCUGCCCUGAGUGUGAAAAACAUGGCUACAUUCUUUGGAAUUGCUCUGACUGAGGAAGAGCUCCAGCUGGUGGUAGAGAGGAGCAGCUUCCAGUCUAUGAAGAAAAACUCAGACAAGACCCAUGGGUCACUUGGCAAGGUUCUCUUUCGCAAAGGUGGUGUAAGUGACUGGAAGAAUCUUUUCAGUGAAGAUCAGAAUGAGAAAAUGGACAAAGCAUUUGAAGAACAUAUAGCAGGAACGACACUCGGGAAAAAGUUGAAGUAUGACUUAUACUGCAAAGUCUGA